AUGGACAAGUUGAUGAGGUUGGCCUCUGAAAAGGGUGUGGUGAUUUUCACGAAGAGCUCAUGUUGCCUCUGCUAUGCAGUCAACAUUCUGUUUCAAGAACUUGGCGUGAGUCCUGUGGUUCAUGAGAUUGAUCAUGAACCUGAAGGCAGAGAAAUGGAGAAAGCUCUAUUCAGGCUAGGCUGCACUGCUCCAGUCCCAGCUGUGUUCAUCGGAGGGAAGCUAAUGGGAUCCACCAAUGAAAUCAUGUCUCUCCACCUAAGUGGUUCACUCACUCAAUUGCUGAAACCUUACCAGACUUAG